GUUAGGGGGGCAGGCAGCUGCACAGAGCAGCAACCACUGCCUCUUAAAGCCUAAGGUAGUCCUCAUUACAGCUACAGACUGAUAGACAGAGAGCAGAGAGGGCUGGAGACAGGUCUGAGAGAGGGAGAGGGAAGGACAGCGAGAAACUGUGAACAGGGAAAGUUAGACUAUAAGCAGUCCUACUUGUGUGUCCAUGCUUCCUCCCCUCUGCACUACCUGAGGCACACACACACACACACACAGGGAGGUGUUUCAGGGAGGCUAAGAGGGCCGACUUUCCAGAGAAGAAGGGAAUUAAACACUUUUGUUUUCAAUCCUCUGCAUCUGUACUCAGGACAAAAAAAAGGAUUACAGCUUGUUUGCCUUCACCACUUGUUCCACUCUUCUCGCUGCACAUUGUCCUCACUGAGUCACUUUGGAGACUUUGGAUACAACCUUCUUGAACUGUUGGUAGGAGCUCAGAGAGGCAUGGCACAUGGACAAAAGAGCCCCAGGUGGGCAUUAACCCAGGGCUCCUUCAGCCUGGCACUGGGCCUGUCGCUUUUCUCCCUCCUCCUCCUCCCCCUCACAGUCUCGGCCGCAGAUGAGUACGACUACUACAGCUGGCAGUCGGACAACUUCCACAAUGGCCGCUUCUACACCAAGCAGCCGCAGUGUGUGGACAUACCAGCUGACCUGCGCCUGUGCCACAACGUUGGCUACAAGAAGAUGAGACUUCCAAACCUGCUGGACCACGAGACCAUGCCAGAAGUCAAGCAGCAGGCAGGCAGCUGGGUGCCCCUCCUGGCCAAACGCUGCCAUGCUGACACCCAGGUUUUCCUGUGCUCCCUGUUUGCACCUGUGUGUCUGGACAGGCCGAUCUACCCAUGCCGCUCGCUAUGUGAGGCUGUGAGGGACAGCUGUGCUCCGGUCAUGGAGACCUAUGGCUUCCCCUGGCCGGAGAUGCUGACCUGUGAUAAGUUUCCCAUUGAUAACGACCUCUGCAUCCCCAUGCAGUUCACUGGGAACCAAGCAACCCCGCCACCAGUGUCAAAAGUGUGCCCUCCCUGUGACAACGAGUUGAAAGCAGACAACAUCAUGGAGCAUUACUGUGCCAGUGACUUUGCCCUCAAGAUGAAAAUCAAGGAGGUGAAAAAGGAGAAGGGCGAUCGAAAGCUGAUUGCAGCGCAAAAGAAGAAGAAAGUUUUAAAGCAGGGGGUCCUGAGGAAGAAGGACCUGAAGAAGCUGACCCUGUACAUCAAGAACGGAGCCAACUGCCCAUGCGCCCAGCUGGACAGCCUGGGCACCAACUUCCUAAUCAUGGGCCGCAAGGUGGACCAGCAGCUGCUGCUCAUGUCUAUUCACAAGUGGGAUAAGAAGAGCAAGGAGCUCAAGUUUGCCAUCAAGUACAUGAAGUCCCACCAGUGUCCCACCUACCACACCGUCUUCCAGUGAUGUGUCUCACUUUUCAUAGAUUUAACGAUCAUUCCCCACAUUCCACCCUGUUCAAAGCAGAUCUUAAUAUCAUUUUCAACAUUGUAUCUUUAAAAUCCAGAUCCUGGCAAAUUCUAUUUCUGGCCAACUACUUUAUCGUAGAAGAGGAUGGGAAGGGUUUCUUCCGAGAUUAAGGAUAAUUCUGGUAGUCUAAGGGGUCAACCUGAUCUGCUUAGAUCAAUCACACGUUUUUUAAAGUUAGAGAGUUGAGCAGGUUGCACCAUCGGCAACUCCCUAAGAAUGAAAAAAUCUCCAAAGAAACAACAGAUUUUGAACAUGUUGGAUGAGAUUAUUUUAAAAACAGACUAUGUCAUAUUUCCACUUAAAUGGGAAUACUCUUCCUUAGCAAUUAUACUUUACUCGUCUGAUAGUGCAAAUCAAUCACUUGUAUGUUAUCCUAAAGAAACUAUAAAAAUGAGACAGUAUCAUUAAGAAACAGUAACCUUAAUAUUUGAGGCAAUUAUUGGAGGGAAAUUAUGUUUGAUAAUGUCUUGAUUAGAUGUACAGAACAGGACAAUGGGCUUUGAUUCUGUAUAAGGCGAGAAAUUAUACCCAACAAUAAGACUCUGCAAAAGGCAGAAUGGCACAGAGCCCCAAGAACAACAUCAAAGCAAAGGCAUGUAGAUGAUCCACCUAACUGUAUUUUAUGAUCAUGUAAAAAGUAACUCAGAUUAAUACUAGAUGAUUAGAAAACUGUGCUUUUAUUCUUUUAUCCCUGCUGGGAAAGAAGACCGAUUGGACAAGACAGACUGGCAGACUGGAUGAUGCUUCCACUGACUUUGUACAGCACUGUUUCUGUGGCCUGAAAGAGGGGAACUUGAAUAUAUUUUGCUUUUUGAAUUGGAGGGAGGGAGGUUGUGGUAGAGAAAACAUGUUUCUCAAAACGAGUGGAGAAUAAAAGAAGAAGGAGAGAGAAAGAGACUCUGGACAGAACCUACAGUGUUGGGUUGAUACGUCUCUGGUACUCGCGACUUUUGACUAUCACUUUCAAUCUUUCUUUUUUUGUACUCAAGUUUUGAAUUUUCUUCAGUUAAACUUAUAUUGUAUAAAAGCAGAAAUCAUACAUACAGACAUAGCACCUGAAUUCAUUGUUUCCAUAGCAAUUAAAGAUGAAAAUUUAACUUUUACAAUACUUUCUAAUCAGUUAACCUGUAAGUAGUCCUGUUACUGAAAUACGACUUUGUUUUACAAGAAAGUAAAUGAAUAAAAUAUAUUUGAAAUUUUUAUAAAGAAUUUAUUUUGAAAUGUGCCAUUUAUUUGUCAUUAUGACUGACCUACAAAGAACUUUCUUUUGGACAACUUGUUAGUUGGGCUAAGAAAUACACAGCGGGAACUUGUACUAUUUGCACACUAUAUGUGGUUCUCUUUAAUUCCACUGCAUUUAAAAUAUAUUUGGUUAAACGACUGAGUUUCCUUUCCAGCGAAUCAACUGCAGUCAACACUUGCCGUUGACAGAAAAGGAAACUCCGAUUUAAUAUUUCUUAAUUCCAUUUAACAAUCCAGAUGUCCUACUAGAACAUACAGCAAAGCUUUAAAUGGACAAGAACAGAUUGUGAGUUUCUACACGGACUGCCUGAUACCCUUCAUUUGUAUAACCUCAAUUACUAUUUGAAACGCCGAAAUCCUCGAGAUUCACUCUAGGCCUUUGGCUCUACACAAAGCCUGGGCUACAGAACCACCAGUUUUUAAUUCUUAAGAGUAAAGGGGUGACGCAGACAGACAGCAGGCUGCAAUGUGAGCGACCAAGUUUAUCAAAACCACCCAGAGGUUAAUCAGUCCAGACGCACACAUAACGAAUUCACGGCAGUGAAAAGAAUUUGGCAUCUUUGUUCUCCAAAAUUGCAAAAUGGAUCAAUUGUGAAACUGUACAAUUUUUUAUAGUUUUCCGCCCAUAUUUCCCGAAAUGUGGAGACUUUUGGAAACUGUUUGGAGUGUGAAAGCCAGUAAAGUGAUGACCUUUUUCCAUCUGAUUUUUGAGAUAGAGCAUACUCUGGCUCUAAAGUGUGGAAUGACAGAAACAGGACAGGACAGGGGUAAUAAGAAGAAAUGUGUUGGACACGAGUGAUUUUUAUAGACUUUAAAACAUUUAAAUCCUCUGUGCAUGAUCAAACAAGAUAAAAACCAUGCAAGAAAUUUUAAUGUCAUACAGGUGGAUAUACAGUGUUGCUUAGAGAGAUGCAAUGAGCGGCUUUCAUAAAACAAGAUGUUUUUAAUCAGAGCGAGACAAUGAAGAGGGAAGGUGAAACAGGAGACAAGAGAGAAACUUGGCUGGAUCCCAAAGACGUCGAUCAGCACCUUCUCAAAGGUCACUUAGUCUAGUUAAUAAGGGGCUGAUGAGGGACCAGCAAUACACAAAGAAACACACAUGCACACACACACGCACACACUACAACUUAAAAGACACAUUUUGGGACAGUUUUUAAUACAAGCUUCCAUUGUCUCACUUAGCUCCUCAUUUUAAACAUAAACCAAUUCAAUCAACAUACAUGAACUGUAACACUGACUGGUUACAUGUCCUGCUUAAUAGACACCACUACGACAGGACACACAUUAAACACUAAAAAACUGACCAGAGUGGUUGUGACAAUAUUUUUUGAUUAAGAACAUAAACAACAAGUGAUCUAAAAAAUGUCCUCGUUUACUGAAUAUAUUACGAUGCUGUAGGCCACUGUAAGAUAGGUAUUCAAGUGCACUCACACACACACACUUUCAAAGAAAGGUCACAUUGUCUGUUUUUAUUGCACUGUGCUGAUAAGAAGCACCUUUUUUCACGCAUGCACGCAUGAACACAAAAGAAAAACAGAUUGAAUAUUCUUAGAGUUAAUUGUAUAACUUGUUUUUGUUAAUUGAUUGAUUGUUUUCUAAAGUUCCAUGUCUUUUGAUUACAACCAGAGAGAUUGGUGUGAUCGACCCAAAUUAACUUUUUUCACAAGUGAAAAUAAUUUCCCUGUGUGAUUAAGUUUAUUUGGUAUUUGAGCUGAUGAAAUCUGAAUGUUUACACUGUAAAGAUAUUCAUAUUUUUUAGAAGAGGAGUGCAGCAGGAAUGAUUCCUUUAACCAUGAAAUGGUUUUUUAUUCUCAAAGUCAGGGUUUUUAUUUUUAAUUUUUAAGUAUUUUUUUGGGGCCUUUUUAUCUUUACCAGACAGCUGAAGAGAGACAGGAAACACUGGGAUGGUAGAGGGGUGGACGACAUGCAGCAAAGGGCCGAGGACACAUCCAAACCCACAGCCGCUGUGAGUCCAGCCUCCAAACAUGUGGUGCGAGAUACAACCACUAGGCUAUCGGCAGCCAAAGUCAAAGAGGUUUUUUUUUAAUAUUAAUUAGAUAGGCUAGAUAGGCUCCGGUUUUAACAUAUAAUAUUUUCACCUUUUCUGUUUUGACAAUUUACCUCAGUAAAAAUGACAAACAUGAGUUGAGGUGUCUUAAAAAGUCAGUCUCCAACAAGUAGUUGAUGAGACUUUAGACUAAUCAUCAUCAUCAACAAAGACAAGACAUUAAAGUCAUGUAACCCUGGUGUAUUUUAUUUACUUCCUUAGGUUGGUCUUUUAUCUGGUAAGAAAAUUCCCACUUCAAAAAUAAGAAAAGUGGUGAUGAUUUCUGAAGAUUAACGUUUUACCCAAAUAGUCAGUCUAACAUGUCCUGCUUAGGCUGUUUCAUUCAUUGUCUUUGGACAAUGUUAAGAACAUUGGCAACAGAUAACAAAAAUUCUUAAAACAAGUAAAAUUGCACUAAUGACUGAAAUUGUUACCAGUUGUUAAAUAAAAGUCUGGAAAAAUUGGAAAUAUCAAGAUUUAAUUGGAUCUUGUCAAUUUUCUUUUAACUAAAACUUGAACGCAGCUCUUGAACACAAACACACACACCCCCAAACACAUGUACACACAACCUCAUGUGCACGAUAAUCGGAUUUGACUGGUCUACCUCACCAAAAAAAAGGCCAUUAUAUAACAUUCUGGAGGGUCAGAAGAAUUUCUAUUAGUUGCAGCAUGCCUCUCUCUUUACCCACUACACAAGGCACCAUUAAAACAGCAUUAGUCAGUAAGCCAACAUCUUUCUGGUCUGAACCACAGACCACCUGUCUGCAGGAAGGGAGGACAGCACGGAGAGAGUCGUACAUUCAUGUAAAAGAAGGGAGUUUUUGGAAACAGCAGCACAUAGGAUAGGAGGACUGCAGUGGCUCCGAGCCUUGGCCUGCCUCACUCCGUAAAAUGCAUUAAAGAUGUGAUGUUUUGUUGUUGUUGCGCGUCUGGUGAGUGUGUUUGCUGAUGUGUAUAUGCAUGCCGUGUAGACUCCCUUUAAAAGGCCUAGGGGCGAGCCAGGGAAUAUUUUUUUCCUUAUAAUAAAGUCAGAGAAACUUUCUCCAUGUUGUACACUCACAGUGAGCAGGCUGCUCCCCACAACACAGCUCCCAUCUACAUGCACACUCGCUCCAGCUGAUAAGCCGCUUUCAGCUGGCUUAGUGAUUUUCUCAGUCAUGAUGAAUAUAAAUGAUAAAAGGGGAUUGUUACAGUAAUUUUAUUUCUAAACCACUGCAAUGUGGAGCCUGAAUAUCUUUAACAAUGAAUGUGGAAUAUGAAAUCAGUGCUCUUCAGACUUACAGGGAUAAUUUGUUCUCUCUGUCACACUCUCUCAGUUAAUUUAGCAACUUGUUAAAUCAUCUCAGACUGGUGGAUGUGAGUGCUUGCUUUUCAUUCUGCUGAUUUGCUUAUAGUCCUCCUUUCUCCAGAUGUGUAAAGGUGUAUCUGAUACAGAUGUUUCCCUUCCGCCCCUUGUGGGUAACAACCCUUCUAUCAGACUUUGUUGAUUGAUGUGCAUAGAGCUACAAGGACUUUAUGGAAACAGGUGUACCGUAUUAUUAAUAAUUCUACUUGAUAUAUUUGACUGUGUAUUAGCGAAUCUACUUAUGAAUACAGGAAUGACAGAACCAGCAGCAGUUCAACAGUUAUUCAAAUUAAGUUUUACAGAGAAAAAACAUAACAUGUAGAUUCUGAAUCAUGAAGGCUUUCUUUAUUUUUGCCAAGAAGUACACGAGGUGUGUUAUUAUUAGUCCUAUAAUUUAAGCCUAGAAAGGACAUCAUUCUCUUUAUUGUACAGUAAUACAAGUUAUAGUUUUUCUUCAGAUUAUCUGGAGUGAUUUAAUAAUCCUCCAUCAAUUUAGCAUCUUUCAGUGACUAAGUUAUCAUAUUUUAGUGUAUAUUAGUUACAUUCAGUGAUGACCUGAUGCCUCAAAAUGGUAAUAAUCAGUAACUGAGCAGUCAUCAGGAAUCGUUUUAAUUAAAACUUGUUCUGUUACUUAUUAAUAAUCAAGUGACGGUUGACUUCAGCACAUCUGACAGCUUUCAACUCCUCAAAUUAUGCAGGAGUGAGCGAAUUCCUCCACAGUUCCUCCACCCAGUGAGUCAUUCAGUCGAUGAAUGAAUUAUGCGAACUAUGCUUUCAAACCAAAUAAG